UCCCCGCGCCGCGCCCCGCCCUCCGCCGCAGCCCGCGCCGGGGGUGGGGGCCGCCGAGCGCCAGCCCCCCGGCCGGCCCGAGAGCCCCCGCCGGGCCCCCUCCCCGCCCAGCGCCCCGCUCUCCUCCCGCCCGCCCCCUCCGCCGCUCCGCGCCUCCCUCUGCCUCUCCUUCCCCCAUUCUCCUGGAUUAAUUAAGGAGGCAGCGGCAGGAGUCUGAGUCCUGGCCGCGGGCCGGGGCCGGGGCGCCGCUGGCAGGAGCGCUUGGGGAUCCUCCAAGGCGACCAUGGCCUUGCUGGGAAAGCGCUGCGACGUCCCCACAAACGGCUGUGGGCCUGACCGCUGGAACUCCGCCAUCGCCCGCAAAGACGAGAUCAUCACGAGCCUCGUGUCUGCCUUAGAUUCCAUGUGCUCAGCGCUCUCCAAGCUGAACGCAGAAGUGGCCUGUGUCGCUGUGCACGAUGAGAGCGCCUUCGUGGUCGGCACCGACAAGGGGAGGAUGUUCCUGAACGCCCGCAAGGAGCUGCAGUCAGACUUCCUCAGGUUCUGCCGAGGGCCCCCGUGGAAGGAGCCGGAGGCAGAGCACCCCAAGAAGGUGCCUCGGGGUGAGGGUGGCAGCCGGAACAUCCCACGGUCUGCCCUGGAACAUGGCUCGGACGUGUACCUUCUGCGGAAGAUGGUAGAGGAGGUGUUUGAUGUUCUUUAUAGCGAGGCCCUGGGCCGGGCCAGCGUGGUGCCGCUGCCCUACGAGAGGCUGCUCCGGGAGCCGGGGCUGCUGGCUGUGCAGGGGCUGCCCGAGGGCCUGGCCUUCCGGAGGCCGGCUGAGUACGACCCCAAGGCCCUCAUGGCCAUCCUGGAGCACAGCCACCGGAUCCGCUUCAAGCUCAAGAGGCCGCUCGAGGAUGGCGGGCGGGACUCGAAGGCCCUGGUGGAGUUGAAUGGCAUCUCCCUGAUAGCCAAGGGGUCUCGGGACUGUGGCCUGCACGGCCAGGCCCCCAAGGGGCCACCCCAGGACCUGCCCCCAACCGCCACCUCCUCGUCCGUGGCCAGCUUCCUGUACAGCACCGCCCUUGCCAACCGCACCGCGCGGGAGCUCAAGCAGGAGGCACCCGCCUGCCCUCUUGCCUCCAGUGACCUGGGCCUCGGCCGGCCCGGGCCUGAGCCCAAGGCCCCCACUGCCCAAGACUUCCCAGACUGCUGUGGACAGAAGCCCACUGGGCCUGGCGGUCCUCUCAUUCAGAACGUCCAUGCCUCUAAGCGCAUCCUCUUCUCCAUCGUCCAUGACAAGUCAGAGAAGUGGGACGCCUUCAUAAAAGAAACCGAGGACAUCAACACGCUCCGGGAGUGUGUGCAGAUCCUGUUUAACAGCAGAUAUGCGGAAGCCCUGGGCCUGGACCACAUGGUCCCCGUCCCCUACAGGAAGAUCGCCUGCGACCCGGAGGCUGUGGAGAUCGUGGGCAUCCCGGACAAGAUCCCCUUCAAGCGCCCCUGCACCUACGGGGUCCCCAAGCUGAAGCGGAUCCUGGAGGAGCGACACAGCAUCCACUUUGUCAUUAAGAGGAUGUUCGAUGAGCGAAUUUUCACAGGGAACAAGUUUACCAAAGACCCCACAAAGCUGGAGCCAGCCAGCCCGCCCGAGGACAUCUCUGCGGAGGUCUCCCGUGCUGCUGUCCUGGACCUGGCUGGGACUGCUCGGUCGGACAAAAGCAGUCUCUCUGAAGACUGUGGGCCAGGAACCUCUGGGGAGCUGGGUGGGCUGAGACCCAUCAAAAUAGAGCCAGAGGAUCUAGAUAUCAUUCAGGUCACCGUCCCAGACCCUUCCCCAACCUCUGAGGAAAUGACAGACUCGAUGCCUGGACAUGUGCCCUCGGAAGAUUCCGGUUACGGGAUGGAGAUGCUGACUGACAAAGGCCCCAGCGAGGACCCGCGGCCUGAGGAGAGGCCUGUGGAGGACAGUCAUGGUGACGUGAUCCGGCCUCUGCGGAAGCAGGUGGAGCUGCUUUUCAACACGCGAUACGCCAAGGCCAUUGGCAUCUCGGAGCCUGUCAAGGUGCCCUACUCCAAGUUCCUGAUGUACCCAGAGGAGCUGUUUGUGGUGGGGCUGCCUGAAGGCAUCUCCCUCCGCAGGCCCAACUGCUUCGGGAUCGCCAAGCUCCGGAAGAUCCUGGAGGCCAGCAACAGCAUCCAGUUCGUCAUCAAGAGGCCUGAGCUGCUCACCGAAGGAGUCAAAGAGCCCCUCACAGACAGCCAAGAGAGGGAUUCCGGGGACCCUCUUGUGGAUGAGAGCCUGAAGAGACAGGGCUUUCAAGAAAAUUAUGAUGCCAGACUCUCACGGAUCGACAUUGCCAACACGCUGAGGGAGCAGGUCCAGGAUCUGUUCAAUAAGAAAUACGGGGAAGCCUUGGGCAUCAAGUACCCGGUCCAGGUCCCCUACAAGAGGAUCAAGAGUAACCCCGGCUCGGUGAUCAUCGAGGGGCUGCCCCCCGGGAUCCCUUUCCGAAAGCCCUGCACCUUUGGCUCCCAGAACCUGGAGAGGAUCCUUGCGGUGGCUGACAAGAUCAAGUUCACCGUCACCAGGCCUUUUCAAGGACUCAUCCCAAAGCCUGAUGAAGAUGAUGCCAACAGACUUGGGGAGAAGGUGAUCCUCCGGGAGCAGGUGAAGGAGCUCUUCAACGAGAAAUACGGUGAGGCCCUGGGCCUGAACCGGCCUGUGCUCGUCCCUUACAAACUGAUUCGGGACAGCCCAGAUGCUGUCGAGGUCACAGGCCUGCCCGAUGACAUCCCUUUCCGGAACCCCAACACAUAUGACAUACACCGGCUGGAGAAGAUCCUGAAGGCCCGGGAGCACGUCCGCAUGGUCAUCAUCAACCAGCUCCAGCCUUUUGCAGAAAUCUGCAAUGAUGCCAAGGUGCCAGCCAAAGACAGCAGCAUCCCCAAGCGCAAGAGAAAGCGGGUCUCCGAAGGGAAUUCCAUCUCGUCUUCCUCCUCCUCUAACCCGGAGUCAGUGGCAUCCACCAACCAGAUCUCACUCGUGGUAAAGUUGCACAGACCUGGACCUGACUGCUCUUCUCUCUGGCUUUCAGCCGGCACUUGGGCAGGCUUGUCUACUCCGGAGCGUGGGUCUGGGGUGCGGGGAGAUGCUGGGCACUGAGUAGAGUCUGCAGACACAUCUGCCUGCCCUACCCAUGAGACAGUCCACCCCCCUCUCAUCAGGUGCCCACAGGCGCCCGGGGAAGGAGUUCACACCCCCACUGUGCAGAUGGGCAAGCUGAGGCCGAGGAGAGGGAAGGGACCUGACCACCCACUCGGCAGGACCUCAAGCAGACUCCUGGGUUCCCGGGGCAAUCAGAUGCUAGACUAAUCUCUGUGCUCACAUCACAUGCUCUGAGCCACAGCCCUGUGAGGUGUUCCCUGCAGUUACGUAGACAAGGAAAACCAGGGUCAGAGGCCGCAUGACUGUGGCCUCAUGGCUGGUCAGUGGUGGAUGGAGACCCCACCUCCAAAGCGCCACCUGUUCUGCCAUGUGGCUGGAUUUUUCUCUCCCACCACGAGGAAAACCUCAUUAAGGGCACACACUUGAGGGUUCUUUCUGAUUUCAAAAUAUUAGUUUUGAAAUCCUGAGUCCAAAUGGGGAGAAUAUUGGAAGACAGUUGAAAAUGACUUUAGGAUUUCUUUAUCCUUGGACCCCUUCCUGCUAAACCCCGAAGCUCAGGCUUUGCCUCUGUUCCUGCCAGGGUGCUCACAGAGGGUCCCUAGCCCCUCGCACCACCCAGAGAGACAGGACAGCUGCUUUGGGGCCUGAGGCCUGGAGGGGGCUGAGUUGAUGGUGGUGACCAGCAGUUCUGAGCCAAUCCCCAAUUCCCUCCCCACAUGUCUGCUCACAUGGCUAGCCCCCGGGACACAGGUGGGAAUAGGUCAGAAGACUCCAGCCCAGGCCCCAUGGCCACUGGUGAACUGCGUGACCUUAGACAGGUCACGUCCCAUCUCUGGGCAUUCCAUGGCCUCAAAAUAAAUAGCAUCUGAGGAAGCCCUUCAGAAAGCAGCGCUGAGUGUUCUGGUAUGCUCUCCACGUCACCCGGAGUCCUAACCCGGGCUCUCUGUCCCCCUCU